AUGAGAACCCAUUUGUAUCUACUUAGCCUCCUGGCUUUGCUGGUAGUGGGGAUACGAGCAGCAAGCUCAACUGCAACGCAGUUUCCUUCUUGUGCUCUGAACUGCAAUGAGAACUUAUUUUCAAGUUGUUCCCUCAACGAUAACAGCACAUGCUUCUGUUCUAGUGACUCGCGCCCGUCUGAUUUACUGAACUGUGUUGAGAGCAAUUGCACAACCAAGGAGUUUUUUACUACAAAACGGCAGUAUGAAAAAGAAUGUGAUAUUACGCCGCUCAAGGGCCCUCACGUGGUCAGUGGGUCAACUCUGACUCCUUUAAUUCUUGCUUCGAUCUUUUUCGUGGCGAGGAUAUUCGCCAAGAGCAGCGGACUUGCGGGCGGGUGGGGAUGGGAUGACUAUACAAUCAUUGUUUCAUAUUUCAUGGGCCUUGCGAUUUAUGUUCUUCAUGUCUAUAUGGUACGAUAUGGCUUCGGUCAGAAUAUUUGGGACAUUGAUUUCCCCGAAAUCACUGAAUUUUAUAAGCUUUUCCAAGCCCUUGCAGUGAUGUACAAAAUACAGAUAUCUCUGGCAAAAAUCUCGGUUGUUCUCUUCCUACUUCGCAUUUUCCAAACCCCGAUGUUUCGCUAUGUCGCAUAUGGUCUCAUCGGUAUAAAUGCCGCAAUCGGUAUUACAUGGGCAUUCGUGGAUUCAUUUCGUUGUCUUCCCGUGCAUCUCACCUGGAAUGGCUGGACGAACGAAGAACCCGGACAGUGUAUCAACUUCAUCAAUUCUAUUUUGGUCAAUUGCCUCGUCAACAUUUUUGUGGAUGCGGUUACUAUUGUGCUACCCGUUUGGGAAGUGAGCAAGCUGCAAAUGCCGCUGCGAAAGAAGAUUACUGUGGCACUGAUGUUCAUUGUUGGCUCACUCCUCACCAUUAUCGCCAUUAUCAGGGUCAUUGUCUUCUGGAAUAAUCGCUGGGGUGUCAACCAGACCGUCGGCCUUUACCCACUCAUCUACUGGUCUGUCAUCGAAUGCCAAAUUUCUAUACUGUGCGCCUGUCUGCCUGCAUCCAGAGCCCUUAUUGCUCGUUGGUUUCCCGCAUUGCUGGGUGGUUCUUCUCGGGAAACAUACGCCAGGACAUAUGGGUCUGCGGCACCAGGAGGACGAAGCAACAGAGCGAAUUAUGGGCAAGACAGUGCCAUAAAUAAAUCAGUCACCUAUUCUGUCAAGUAUGCGGCACGGUCACAGAAUGAUGAUUCUAACAGCGACGUGGAGCUUGUUGACAGGGACACAAGACAGAGCCAUCAUUAG